AUGUAUUUUGAAUCAUUACCAAAUGAAAUUUUACUUUAUUUAUUCGAAUAUCUUUAUAGCACUGAUAUACUUCGUGCGUUUUUUGGACUUAAUACUCGUAUAAAGUCUCUUAUUUAUAAACAAUAUUCAUUCCAUUCGUUUAACUUUUCAAAUAAACAAAAGAAUGAAUUCAACGAAAUAUGUCAAUAUCAUAUUCCACAUCUUAUUAAUCGUAUUUAUGCUCUGAAAAUUAAUGAACAUUUUUUUACUUAUAUUUCAUCAUUUGAUCAAUUUACUCAAUUACGAUUCUUAAAAGUAUCGCGUGUACCUUCACCUAAAACAUUAACAAAAAUUAUGGAAGAAUUACCACAUUUAUUGAAUCUUACACAUUUAACUAUUCGUUGUGUUAUUACACGACAAGUAUUCAUUGAUUUUUCAUUGAUUAUUGAUACAAUUUGGAAUUUACCAAAACUUCGUUAUUGUUCUUUAACUAUUUAUAGUCCAGGGAUUAAUAGAUUAUAUAUGCCAACAAAAAUAUCAUCAACUCUUGAGUCACUCAAACUAACUGGAUAUCCUAUUCCUUUUAAUCAAAUAGAACAAUUCAUGAAAUAUACUCCUCAUUUAAAAUAUUUGUCAAGCGUUAUUGUUAUUCUUGAUAAUAAGAUUAAUUCUGACUAUGUUUUACUUUCUCUUUCGACAUUAAUCAGUUUAAAUAUUGGUAUAUGUCGCCGAUGUAACUUAUCAACGAUGGAUUUAUUAUUGAAAAACUUAUCAAAUCUUCAACAUUUAACUAUUAGAUUAUUUGACAAUAUCAUUGAUGGUUAUAAAUGGGAGCAAUUUAUUCGUAAUUAUCUUUCUAAAUUGAAGAGUUUUAAAAUUGAUAUGAGUUAUAAAAUUGAUCGUAAUCGAAAUAUUGAAGAAUAUAUGAAUCAAUUAUUGAAUUCAUUUCAAAAAACAAUCGAUGAAACCUUUUUUGAUCAAUCAUUACCAUUAGAUAUUUGUUUACCAAAUAUUAGAUCUAUUACUAUUCAAUUUCCACUUCCUGAUCAAUUUUGGUCUAUUAUUCCUAAUCUUAAUCAUUUAAAUACAUUAAAUAUCAUAUUAUUUACUGAUAUAUAUCAAUCAGAAUUACAAAAUAUAUUAAAUCAAACAACUCAUUUGUGUUCUUUACAUAUUAAACAAGAUCCAUCAUUACGAUCACCUCAAUUAUCAUUCUUUAAAUGUACAAAUUCAUCAAUUCCUAUUCUUGAUUUUAUUGAAUUGAAUUAUUCUUUGGAUGAGAUAGAAUGUUUAUUAUUUUCUCGUUCAUCAUUAGCUAAUCGAUGCGAAACAUGUUCUAUUAAUGUUCAAAAUCGUCAUUGUAUUGUUAUUCUUAUGAAAAAUAUGCCGAAUCUUCAGACGUUAAAUGUUCGUUGUGAAGAGGAAGUCUCCAUCACUGAAAACAUCCAAAUUAUACAAUGGUUAAACGAUAAUUUACCAUCAAUAUAUUUGAUUACCAAAGAUUCUGAUUCUUCUGAUACUAUUCGAAUACGGAUUCAAUAA